AUGGAGUCUGCGACGUCGCGGUGCUGCCUGCUACUGUGUCUGCUGCUCUCUUCUGCAGCAGAGCUGUCGCCGGACCCCUCUGUCCCGGAGGAUGUGCACCUACAGCUCCAGCAGCCCGACGACACAGACAUGUUCCACUGUGGAUGUGACACAGAUGAACAUACAGCUCAGAGUUCAUCCAACGACACGCCUGCCCCCGACCGGCCGCUCUGUCCGCCCUGCUCCGCACCAGUGACCCCUGAAGACGAGGAGGCGGCUGACGGAGGGAGCGAGGAAGAAACACACACAGGCGAAUCAAGUCAGAAUGAAGCGAAUGAAGAAGAGACAGCGUUGGAUGAUGAACACAAUGAGGCCCCUCUGGAGGACGGAGUGACGGAGGAUGAAGUGAUGGAGAAAGAAGUGAUGGAGGAAGAAGUGAUGGAGGACGAAGCGACGGAUGAAGACCUAGAGGACAGCUCCUUAUUAAAUGAUGAAGAAGACGAAUUUGUGACAUUCCCUGAAGAAGAUGUUGAAGAAGAGACAGAGGAGCAAGUCAACGCAGAGGCAGAGAUAACAAAUGAAGAAGAGGAUUGUCAAGAUUCAGCUGUCACUGAUGAGGACGAGGAGCCAGCGGAGGAAGAGGAAGUUCACGGUGAUGAAGAAGAGCCGACCGAGGACACGAACACAGAGCUGGGAGAUACUGAGGCUGAAGAGGAGCCUGAGGAAGAGAGCGAUGUGGAGGAAUUCACUGAUUCAACAGAGGAAGAGGCAGGAGCAGAUAUAGAAAACUUACAAGACGAGUCCAGUGAUGAGGUUUUCAUUGCAGACGGAGAACAAGGUGAGGUGGAGGUUGUCGGAGAUGCAACAGAGCAAGACGAAGGAGAAGAUUUUAUUGAUGAGGAGAUAACGAGUGAGGAAGAGGAAACUCAAAUACAAAAAGACACAGACAUUGAGGUUGUUGCAGAGGAGGCGGAGGCUGUGGAAGGUGGGGAAGAACAAAACGAGGAGGAAGUAGCGGAGGAGGAAGUAGCGGAGGAGGAAGUAGCGGAGGAGGAAGUAGCGGAGGAGGACCAGGAAGAGCCAACAGAAAUAACCGAAGAGGAAGCCAUUGCACCAACAGAAGAGGCAAAAGCUGAGGAAGUAUUUAAUGAAGGACAGGCUGAAAUCGAAACUGAAGAGGAAAGUGAAGCCGAUGAGGCCUCUACUGAUUCUGUUGCUGCUUUAGAAAAUGCUAACGAAGAGAGCUCUGACACAGAGGAACAGAUGCCCCAGGAAGAGAGCACUGUUGAAGAAGGAGCUACUGAGGAGGUAGCCAUUCUUGAAUCUGAGCCAACUGUUGAUUCUCCUGCAUUAGAUGACCAAUCGACUGAAAGAGAAGACGAGAUCCAGCCUGAGCUUGAAUCUGCCAGUCCAGAGGCAGAACCAGAGCCUGUGGUUGAGGUCACCACAGACUCCCAACAUGAGGAAACCAUUGCAGACGCUAUUGUUGAGGAAGUGAUUGAAGAAAAGCCGGCACAGCCUAAAGCAAAAGGUAGUACCAAACCAGCAGGUCCAGUAAUGAGGGACAGAACCCACAUCGAGGAGACACUGCACCUGAGUACUGCUGAACUGUCCUCUGAGUUCACAGCUGCUCAGAAGAAAUUGCUGGACAUCUACCACAACGCCAUCAAGCCAAUGGAGGACGCUUUUAAGUACAAUGAGCUCAGGCAAUAUGAAGUUACAGAUGGUGAAAUUACCUCGAAACCCAUGAUUCUAUUCCUGGGACCAUGGAGUGUGGGAAAAUCCUCAAUGAUCAACUACCUGCUUGGUCUCCAUGGCACCUCCCAGGAGCUCUAUACAGGAGCUGAGCCGACCACAUCAGAGUACACAGUGAUCAUGCACGGGGAAAAGUUCCGCAGUGUUGAGGGGAUAGUGAUGGCUGCAGACAGCUCCCGGGCCUUCUCACCUCUGGAGAAGUUUGGACAGGGCUUUUUGGAACGACUGGUGGGAAUCGAGAUGCCCCACAAGCUUCUGGAACGGGUCACUCUGGUGGACACUCCGGGAAUCAUUGAAAACCGGAAACAGCAAGAGAGAGGUUAUCCUUACAAUGAGGUGUGCCAGUGGUUCAUAGACCGUGCCGACCUGAUCUUCCUGGUCUUUGACCCCACAAAGCUGGACGUGGGCGGAGAGCUGGAGAUGCUCUUCAGGCAGAUGAAGGGCAGAGAGUCCCAGCUGAGACUGAUUCUGAACAAGGCCGACACUGUGUCCACCCAGGACCUGAUGAGGGUCUACGGGGCUCUGUUCUGGAGCAUGGCGCCUCUGGUCAAUGUGACUGAACCUCCACGGGUCUACGUCAGCUCCUUCUGGCCCCUGGACUACACCGGAGACACCAGUCGAGAGCUGUUCAUGAAGGAGGAGAUCUCGCUACUGGACGACCUCAAUCAGGUAAUUGAAAAUCAGCUGGAAAACAAAAUUGCCUUCAUCCGUCAACAUGGGAUCAGAGUACGAAUCCAUGCUCUGCUUGUGGACCGCUACCUCCAGACCUACUAUGACAAACUGGGCUGGUUCAGUGACCCGUAUGAGGUUUUACAUGACAUUGUCAGUGAUCCUGACAAAUAUUACAUUUUCAAGUCUAUUUUGGCCAAAACCAAUAUCAGUAAGUUUGACUUGCCUGAUAAGGAGGCCUACGAGGACUUCUUUGGUGUAAACCCAGUAGCCAACUUCAAGCAGCUGACAUACCACUGCAGCUGGAGUGGAGGGUGUCUUCUGGACAAACUGGAGAAGGCCAUCUGCCAGGAUCUUCCAGCUCUGCUCAGCAGCGUGAAUACCACCCCUGAUUCCCCAUCUCCCCCAAAGAACACCCCACCACCGCCACCUUUCCCCGGGACGUGUGAUGGACCCAGCUGUGAAGAGAAGCCUAAGAACAAGUGGAGAAGACCUUGA